UGGUGGGUUAAUUUGAGAGAUGGAAAACUUUAAGGUUUGUGCUUCCGGUGUGGUUUUCUCUUUGUUUCUUUCUUAUCAAUUUCCCGAUCACUUUGGAGUUGGGGCAGAAAAUGUUGAAACAUUCUUAAAUGGAUCACAACCUUGCGGUUUUGUUGAUGUUAGACCAGGUGCACACAUGUUUUGGUGGCUGCAAAAAAGUCCAUUCAGAGUCAACGACCCAAACAAGCCAUGGCCAAUUAUUCUUUGGUUGCACGGUGGACCAGGAGCUUCAGGAACGGGAAUUGGCAACUUUUUAGAGAUUGGACCUUUUGAUGCCAAUCUGAGGCCAAGAAAUUCAACUUGGUUGAAAAAAGCUGAUCUACUAUUUGUGGAUUCUCCAGUUGGAGUUGGAUAUAGUUAUGUUGAUGACAUUGGACUAUUGACCAAGAAUGAUUCACAAGCAGUAUCGGACUUGACCACUUUAUUGAUAGAAGUUUUCAAGAGUAACGUGACUAAUUUAGAAAAUAGGACCUUGUACAUAAUAGGAGAGUCUUAUGGAGCAAGGUUAGCUGUUUCUCUUGGAUUGUCAGUUCUUAAUGCAACUCAGACGAAAAGGUUGCCGCUCAAACUCGGGGGAGUGACAUUAGGUAGUAGUUGGAUCUCGCCCGAAGAUCACGUGCUUUCAUGGGGGCCUCUGCUGCAAACUUUCUCAAGAAUUGAUGAAAUUGGCCUGGAACAAGUGAACAUUGUGGCUAAGCAAAUGACGCAGAACAUUUCUGAAGAAAACUUUUCAGGGGCAGCUGACUUAUAUAUGCCACUUCAAGGAGUCAUACGCGACUACAGCAACGCAGUGGACACAUAUAACUUGUUGCGAGAUUCCAUGGACUCGACGGUAUCUACCACUGCCUUUAAUAUUCUUAACAACACAAUGAAUGGAGUGAUCAAGAAAAUUUUACGACUCCCUACCAAUAUUUCGUGGGUAGGGACGUCUCUUCUUGUUUUUAGAAGUAUGUCAACCGACUUCAUGAAACCAAGAAUUGACGAGGUUGAUCAACUAUUGAGUAUACCAGUGGACGUGACUAUUUACAAUGGACAAGUUGAUCUCGUCUGUGGCCCUACAGGAACUAAAGCAUGGAUUCAAAAGCUCAAGUGGGAGGGAUUGAAACCAUUUUUGAACACAAACAGAACUGCACUGUAUUGUUGUGGCAAUAGCAAAACGAGGGGUUUCUUAAAGUCAUACAGGAACUUUCAUUUCUAUACUAUCCUUGGAGCGGGUCACUUCGUUCCAGCGGACCAGCCAGACAUAACAUUAGAGAUGGUGGGUAACAUCACAAAGUCACCUAGCACUUCCAACUGAACUGCAAAACUUGAAAAUUACUGUAAUAUAUACGGGCAUCUUGUAAAAUAAUACAAAAUCACGUUCUCAAACAUGUACUAGUAUACUCGUAUCAUUUUGAUACUCCGUAUUAAAUAGAAGUAUAUCACUUGUCA